GGAUGAUACCAGAGGGGAUGGAUAUAAGCGCAUCCCAAAGUCGCCAUGUUCACCUAACUUCCUAAUCAAAACUACAUCCCACCCAUCAUGACCACUCCGCCACCCCCCGACCAGCCCGUCGCUCUCGUCAUCGGCGCCUCCCGUGGCAUAGGCCGCCAAAUCGCCAUCGAUCUCGCGAAGAAUGGAUACACCGUAAUCGUCGCCGCCAAAAGCACCUCCCCAGGCACCACCACCACCACCACCACCACCACCCCCAACCCCAACUCCCAAUCCAGCACCAUCCACACCGUCGCCGCCGAAAUCACCUCCCAAGGCGGCACGGCCUACCCCCUCCGCGUGGACGUGCGCUCGCCCACCCAAAUCAACGCCCUAAUCACCUCCACCCUACAACUCACCAACAACCGUCUCGAUGUGGUGAUCUACAACUCCGGCGCUAUCUGGUGGAGUUCGGUCCGGAACACGCCCCUGAAACGAUUCCAGUUGAUGCAGCAGGUCAAUCCCGAGGGUUUGUAUGCGACGGUCAUGGCGGUGUUGCCGGUUUUUGAACGGCUUGGGAAUCGGGGGAGGGUGGUGGUGGUGUCGCCGCCGGUUUAUUCGAGGUUUUGGAGGGGGAAGGUGGGGUAUGCUAUGGGCAAGGUGGCGAUGAGUGUGCUUACGAAAGGACUGGCGAUGGAUUUUGUAAGAGAGGGGAAGAAGGAUAUGGCUGUUACUAGUCUUUGGCCGGCUACGGCUAUUGAAAGCGCAGCAACGGAGAUGAAUACUGGAGGUGCAUCCAAGGAGGACUUAAGGAAGCCGACCAUCUUCUCGGAUGCCGUGCUCGGAAUCUUGAAUACCCCGGCCCAUAUCGUCAAUGGUAUAUUGGCGCUUGACGAGGACUUUCUGCGGCAGUAUUGCGGAGUGCAGGAUUUCUCCAAGUACUCUGUGGUUCCUGGGGCGACUCCGAGACGGAUCAUGCCGAAGGAGUUUCCGGUGUUGGAGGUGGCGGAGCAGGAUGAUGAGGGUGUGAGGAUGGAUAGUUCGAAGGGGAGGGCGAAGCUGUAACUGUUGCCUCUUGGCUUUGAAUCGAUUUUAUCUGAAUCAAUAUUGUGUAUAGCUGUACUGAGUUAACCUAC